ACUCUUCGAACUUUCUAUUUUCUGUGAUUGCGUUGUGAGCAAGGAACACCUUUUUUCAGGAAAAAUAUUUGGAGCAAUUAGUAAAAGUGUCCUAAUACAUAUAAAAAAAUUUUAGCAAAAAAGACUCGGCGAAAUUUAUAGAAUACUGAAAUGGCUGAAGUUGAGAAAGUUUCAACUACAGCGGCUAGUUCCCCUGAGGCAGUUAAAGGCGCUGAUAUACCUUUGUCUGAGAUCGGAGAAGCAGCCGGCAUCAACGCAGUAGAGUUUGGAACUUCGCCGACACAAGAACGAUCGAGCAACUCGCACCCUCAUGAUUCAGAAUAUGAUACGGCCUCUGAUCUUGAAGGCGGCGGUGAAGAAUACGACGAUGAUGAGGAUGAUGACGAUUUAGACGAUGAAAGUUUGACGGAUGGGGAAAGCAUGUCAGACGAUGAUGACGACGACGAUGAAGAAGAUGGAAGGCAAGGUAACGUUAGUUUAGAGAAAGCUGAAAUAGAAGCACAAAAGAAAGUAGAUGAGGAUCGUAGCAACCCACAGUAUAUACCAAAACGGGGAACAUUUUAUGAGCACGAUGAUCGUACUGCUGAAGUUGACGUAGAUAGGGUAGUAAAUUUAGAUGGAAUCGGAGAAACUCAGGAGGGAGGUGUUGGAGGAGUUAAACCCCCUCAAUCGCCAACGAUUUCUCAUGCUUCCAAAACAAUGAGAAAAUGGCAACCAGCAUCAGCUGUAGAGCGUUGGAGUCAUGACCGUUUCGAUGCUUCAGAACAAGCUCCAAAAUCACGGUCAGAAUUAGUUUCCUCCUACGGUUACGAUAUCCGUACAGAAGAUGCACCACCACGCGCUCGUCGACGACGUCGAUACGGUCGUGGCCCUAGUAAGUAUUCUCGUAAUUGGGAAGAUGAAAGUGCUUACUUAAAGGCAAGCAAUAAAGAACGCAAGCCGCCACGUCCUUCUGAUUUUCCUGUAUUAAAUGAGCGUAUUGCCCACAAAACUCGAAAGACACUCGUAACUCGUGAAGAGAAAGAGAAUCGAGCAGAUAAAAGGUCUAGUGCUGAAAAAUCAAGCAGUUCUUCUCGUCCACCUCAGUUUCAAGAAGAACGCCGUGAUAUGAAAGGUAAUACUAGUAAAAGCAAGAACUUCAGUCAUCCAUCAGGACACACUGGUCGACAAGCACCAAUGGAAUUCAAGCAAAAGCAACGUAACGGUCGAUAUACCGGGUCAUCAUAUAAAGAUUCUCAAAAUGUACGCAAUGAAGCGCAUUAUGAUAGACAAAAUAAUCGCCAACAGUCUAAUGGCCAACAAGGUUCUGGAAUGACUGAUCAUCCACAACAAAAGGUUGGUAAUGGAAAGCAGCACACACAUUCCAAGCACUCUCAAGCAGAAAGUGGUUAUGGGCCAGUGGUUGACAACCAGGUCCUCGUCGGUAAUAGUAGCAAUAAUCACCAAUCGUAUCAGCAGCAAACGCAGAAAUCGUUAUCGCAAAUUCAACCCCAAUCUUCUACUGCUUCGAUGCGUCAGCAGCCACAAUCAAAAAAUUCUUCAACUACAUCCAAUUUAUCCCAGCGUCUUCAGCAAGUUCAGAAUCGUAACGAUCCAAGUCACGUUGGUAGCGUCCAAAUGCACGCUUUAGCAUCACAAAAUCAAAUAGUUAGUCAGCAACAACAAUUAACUGGAAACAAUGUGGUAAUGGGUACUCAACAGAACAGUCAACAACCUCAACCAAUACAACAGAUCUCACAAGAGCAGCGAGCACCACCAAAACGUUACUCGAGCCUGCGUCGUUCACAACAUGAAGCGCAACAUAUUACUGAACAAAUGCAGCAAAUGCAUCUCCAACAGCAACAACCACCCCCGCCGAUGUUAAUUCAAGAUCAACACAUGCUUCAAGCAAACCUCAUGCAGCUUUAUCAUCAAGAAAAUAUUCAAGCUAUGCAAGCUCUACAAGCCAAUCAGAACCCAAGUCAAACUCAGAAACCGUCUACAGGCUAUGCAGCGGUACCGACACCGGCUCAAGGCCCCCCAUAUGCUAAUGCUGGAACUACUGCAACCACACCAGCAGCAUUUUAUGUUGCUUCCCCUGAUGCCUACACUGCCUCUGCCGCCGCUAAUCCUCAAGCGCAACCUGCUGGACAGUAUGCGCAACAGGCUCCCCAAAACUACCUGCCAUCAUCUUCUGCAACUGCUACAGCUACAAUUGCUUAUGCUGGAGGGCCUUCUUCAGGGACUCCACCUCAAGUCGCAGGACCACCCGCAGCGCCAUUCGGGACAACUGCUGCUGUACCCGCCCCAACGGCCACCAGCUCUACAGGAGCUGCUAGCACCAAUAGCAAUUCAAACUUUACAAACUAUCAAAAUUACAAUACUGUUGGAGGAACUACAUACUUUGUGCCACCAGCACAAUCCACUACUCGUCCUGUUGUUCUACCACAGCGGCGCCCAACAAACGCCAUACCCAUAUUGCCACCAUCCGAAAAGAAUAAGCAACGCAUCGCAGAUGCCAAGGAGGAGGCCAAAGGUCUCAACAAUGCAACAACACAAGGCGGUGCACAAUCAUCGGCUCCUAUUGGCAGUGCCGAAAACAUAGAUCAUAUAAUUGAUAAUAUGUUUGUACAACGUCCGGCUUUCCAGCCACCUCAGGCCACAGCUAAUAAUCCGGCUCGCAAAAGCUCUUCACCGUCGUCGAAUACCGACAAUAGCAAUGGAGAGAGCAGUGCGAAUGUCAGUAGCGGAGGCGGCUUAAUCAACUCACCACUUACCGAUGAUUUUAUCGGAAAUAAUGCAGCAAACGGAGAGAAAUCUUCCAAUAGCAAUGCAGAAAAUGCUCAACUAGAAAAAACUAUUAACAAUUCUAUAAUACUAACACAAGAAUGAGAUUCUACAUCAACUACAUACACAUAAAAAAAGAAAAAAAAACAA